AUGUAUUUUAAAAAUCUGAAUAUAAUUCUUUUAUAUUUUAUUCUAUUUGAAAAAUUAAAAUCAAUUUGUCUUAUAAAAAAUAAACAAUUUUUUAUUAAUAAUAUUAAAAAUAAUAAAUCAUUAUUAACUCGAUCAAAACAAAAAAAAAUAAAUAUAAAAACAAAAUUUACCAUUAUCUCCUUUAGGAAAAUAAAUAAAACUCUUUUUCUUUUUGAUAAGUUAAAAAAUUGUAUAUUUUUUUAUAGAUAUUUAAAAAAUAGUAAAGAUGAAAGAUUUUUUGAAGAUGUCAUAUUAAAUAUGAAUGAUUUAAUGAAAAUCAAACAACUUUCUAAUAAUAAAAAAAAUAAAGAAUUAGAAAAAGAAUCUAUAAAAAAGCUUUUAAUACAUGCAAUAUUUUCAAGAGUGAAUUUUAAGAUUAUAAAUAGCCUAUCUUACCUUAUCAAACAUUUUGAAAUAGACAAAGAACUAAUAGGUUCAAUAUUUAAUGAAAUAAGUGAAAAAGUAAAAGAAAAAAAGUUUGCAGAAAAUUUUUUAACUUUGCAUUUUUUUCUUUUAAAAGAUGAAGAUAUACAAAUUUUUUCUAUUAUUAACAUAAUAGAUUUUUUCAAAACUAAGCAAAAUGCAUUAGAAACAAUACAAAGAAUAAAAAGUAGAAUAUAUGAAGAAUGUGUAAAUGAUAUUAUAAGAAAAAAAAUAGAAAGGUACAACCUUUUUUGUGAGAGAAAAAAAAUAAAAUUUAAUCUAAUUGAUGCUAUGAAGAAAGUUGAAUUAAAUUUAAAAGAUGAUUUAUAUUUUAAUUAUGAUGAUGAUUUAUUAAAAAUUUUUGAAAAAAAAAUAAAUAUAGAAAAAAUGAAAAGAAAUGAUUCACUCCGAGAAAAAUUAAAUAUUCCACUUGAAGAAAAAAUAGAUGAAAACUUAGAUAUUCCUGAUGAUGAAAAUUUAAAAGAAUUAAAAGAAACAUACGAAGAAUUACAAAAUUUUAAAGAUUCUAUAUUUCAAUUUAUUGAAGAAGAUCAAGAUUUUUUUUAUUAUGACGAUCAAACUAACAUAAAUAAAGAAACUAAUAAAAAGUUUAAUGAAGAAGAAGAAUUAAAAAUGCAAAAGAGCAUAGAUGAUUACAUACAUAAGUAUACUAAAGAUUUUAACAAGUCAAUAGAGCAAUUCAAAAAUGACUUUAUUGAACAAGCAGAUUUAAACUUUAAAAACUUUGUUAACAAUUUAAAACUUGAUGAUAUAGAAAAAAAAAGAAAAGGAAUAAAUUUUUCUAACAGUGAAAUAACUAACUUUGAAUUAAAAAAACUGAAUAAAAGUGAUGAGGAUUUAAAAAUAACUAAUGAUUUAAUUUAUGAAAGAUUAAGAAUAAAACUAAUUUAUUAUAUACAGAAAAUAGAAUAUAUCAAAUUUAAAUAUCAAUAUGAAAUUAUUAAUGAGAAAUUCCCAAUAAAUAAAAACGAAAAAACAGUUCUAGAUAUUUUGAAAUAUGGUUAUAAAAUUGUUGUAUGCCCAGAAGUUGAUAAUUCUAUAUUUCAGAAAGAACAAAUAAAAGAAACAAAUACAUCUAAUAAAACAAAUGAUAUUUUAUCAAUCCAAAAAAAAAAGUAUUUUGAUUUCAAAUGUCAUGAAUGUGAAUACUAUAUUUUUAAUACAAAUGAUAAAGAAUCUACAGAAAAAAUUAAAGUAUGUCCACAGUGCAAUACAAAAAUUUAA